AUGCACCGGAUGAAGUCACUUGUUCAUCGUGAGCCGAGGGAGCCCAAGAAAUCUGAAUCUUCCAUCGAGCGAGAGCGAUCGACAAGGAAAUCGAAUGCAGUCCUAGCCGGACAAGGAUCUCACUUGGCUGAUCUGCGAUCAGAUUGGGAAUCAGAAAAAGUUCAACCUCGCUAUCCCGAUGAAGAGGCGGCUUUCUCAAGCCGUUCAUCAUCUCCUGAACUGCGCCACCGUCGCAUUGAUUCUGGUGUUGCGGGACUGGAAUUGUCACAACAAAAGAACAAAGAGUCCGCCAAUGGACGACCAACUGGUUCGACUGCGACAGCAAGCACUAGAGAACAAAAUGUUCCAAUGCGCGAUGACAACCAAAGAAACCAGGGCAGAUUCCCAGUGUCGAUGCGCUCUGGUGAUGUCUCCUCUGGGCAAAAGCAGCAAUCAGCGCAACGUAAAGUCGGAGAAGCAGCAGCUUUUGCGGCAGCAACUGCCUACUUUCACCGCAGACCAAAUGAGCCUGUAGAAGUCAUGAGAUCUGGCGAAGCUAUACAUCGUUUGCAUAAAUCUAAAGAGCCUCCGCCCAUGUCUGCUUGGGGAAAAGCCAGAGAGUGCCGCCCUCUUGCGCACGACCCGCUGGCUGGAGUACCACGGAGGGAUUCCAGCACGCUGGGUAGUUUUGAAAGCCCUGACCCCACACCUUCCACAGAACAAAAAAGCGCACCACAGCGUGCUGCUCAAACUGAGCCUGCCGCUGCAGACACUGCACUAAUUGAGGAAUCUGGAUUUAGGCCCGAAGGCUAUUCUGGAACGAUGCAAGAACCAGAUAGGCGCGAAUAUGAGGGAGAGUAUGAAAACCCUUCUGGCCCCGACGCUCCCAUGGAUGAGAAGGGAUAUGACAAACCCGUUAGUGGCGGCCCAGGGAAGGCCCUAGAAACUCCCAUGCAAGAGAAGCAAAAUGAGGGACUCAGCAACGAUGGCCAAUGGCUGCGCCAAGAGGACCCUACUGUUCAAUCUCCCCGACUUACCCAUGUGACUACUUCCGAACAUGAACCUGAGGAAAUUGCAGCCCGCGAAGAAGCAACACGCCGCGCAGUUGUGGAAGAGGCAGCGGCUAGAAGAAAGGCAGCCGAGGAAGUUGCUGCGAGGGAAGCAGUUAGUAGAGAAGCUGCUACUAAAGAAAACAUUGCCAGAGAGACUGCCCAGGGAGAGGUCUCAGCCAUGGAAGAUGCGAUACGGGAGGCAUAUGCUAAUGAAAACGUGGCGAGGGAAUCAGCAUCUGCGGAAAUAUCUAUGCUGGAGGAGGAAACCUGGCAAGCAAUGGCAAGAGAAACUGCUGCUCGUGAAGCUGCAAUCGCGUCGAUACAGUCCGCAGAAAUUGACACCAGAGAAGCAAUUGAAAGAGAAGCACUCAUGAAACAAAAAGCGGCAGAAGAAAUAGCAACUAGGGAGGCAGUCACCAGUGAAGCCGUUGCCAGUGAAGUCGCCGCACGUGAGGCUGCUAAUAGGGAGACCGCUAUCAAGCAAGCCAACACACGAGAGGUAGCAGCUGAAGAAGUAGCCGCUAGAGAAGCGCUGCGGGCGGGUGGCUUCGAUGAAGCCGUCGCUAGAGAUGCUGCACUCAGAGAAGUCGCGGCAGAGGAAACCACCGCGAUGCAGGCUGAAGGUAGAGCCUCCAUGCCGCAAGAGCCUGGCUCCCGAGGCAUACACGUUUAUGAAACUGGUCCUGGACCCGUCACUACAGGCGGAGCAUUUGCUGAAGAACCUCGCAAAGAACAAAUUAUGACUUGUGGUGCAGCGCCAUGUGCUCAGCCUGCUGAUAUAGGUGUCUCUUCAGCUCCCACAGCUCAACCAGUUACUCAAACCUCUCAUGCGGAACAAGACCCAGGAGCGCACGCUCAGGAGCAGCGACAGGAUGGAGUGGAGCCUGAGGGAAGGGGGUCUUUCAAAGAGGAGAAGGAGCUUAGGAAACAGAUAAGCAAGGAAGAAAAGGCAAUACUCAAAGAGAGGAACAAGAUGGAAAAGAAACUCGACAGGGAAAGAGCUAAAGAAAAAAAGACCCACCAGGCGCAACUGAAGAAGGAAGAAAGGGCCAACAGGCAGCGACAGAAGUUAGAGAAGAAGCAGGAAAAAGAAGCUAAGAGGCAGGAGGAGAUGAGGAACAGAUCUGCGACCGCGGAUGGGAGCCAGAGAGAGGAUAGACUUCUGGCCAAGAUACGUCGCUUAUGGAGGAGCGAAAAGCAAUGA